UUCAUUUCAUUUGUCAUCUGUUUUCAAAAUUACACGUGCGUGCUACAUAUGAGAAAAUAAAAUAAAAUACCAUUAAAAUACACAUACCAAUUGCAUUAAGUAAUGGUUUUGAGAUAAAACAAUGGCUACGUUUCGAUUUAAUUUCUCUGGUGACGAUGAGCUACUUAAAGAUAAUGGAGAAAGUAAUAAGGAAGACCAAGAAAAUAAACAAGAGAUAAAGUGGUUUGAAAGUGAGGAAGUACUGCCUAAAGCACAGAUCGAGAACUUAGAUGAUAUAGCUCCCCAUGCUGUUAUGUUUGUUUGUGAGGAUAUAGAGAUAGGACAUGUUGUAGCUAAAGAUGCUUUACUGAGGAUGGGUGACCACGGCCUUAAAAACGCUGCAGAUCGUGCAGAGAAGGAACACAGUGAUCUUAUCACUGGUACAUAUGAAGGUGGUCUUAAGAUUUGGGAAUGUACCUAUGACCUGAUUAAGUAUCUUGAAGAUAAUGAAUCUAAACUCGGGUUUGAGAACAAGAAAGUUUUAGAUUUGGGAUGUGGUGCGGGGUUACUUGGCAUUUAUACUUUUAUGAAUGGAGCUAAUGUGACCUUCCAGGAUUAUAACAAAGAAGUGUUAGAAUGUGUGACAAUACCAAAUGUUUUACUGAAUUGUGAUGAUGAAGACAUAGAGUUUGAGUUAACGAGAUGCAAAUUCUACUCUGGAGAUUGGGCUUCAUUCAAUCAAAAACUUCCUGACACUGAAUUUUAUGAUCUAAUUCUUACAUGUGAAACAAUAUACAACCCUAGCAAUUAUGGCAAAUUAAUAGACUUGUUCCUGCAAAGAUUGACAAAAGAUGGGACCAUUUAUCUUGCUGCAAAAACUCAUUACUUUGGAGUGGGAGGUGGCACUAGAGAGUUUGAAAAAUGUAUCAAAAAUAAUUCAUUAUUAAAAAGUGAAGUUUGUUGGAAGAACACGAGUGGCGUACAGAGAGAAAUUAUUAAAAUAACAAGAAAUCAUGAUUUAUUUUUAAUUGAUUAAAUAAAUUAUUUGUUCUAUAAAUGUU